AUGCCGACGGCAGACCACGUGGAUGGCAUCGACCCCAACUUUGAGGGACGCGUGCUAGUCGUGGCCAACCGUUUACCGCUGUCGAUCAAAGCCAAGGACAAUGGCGAGUUCGACUACAGUAUCUCCUCUGGCGGACUGGUGUCCGGACUGAAAGGUCUUUCCAAAGUCGUCGACUUCAAGUGGUUCGGUUGGCCUGGCAUUGACGUGCAUCGUAACGACAAGGACGGCGUGCGGCGGCAUCUUCUGAACAACUUCAAUGCUGUUCCCAUCUUCCUCAGCGAAGACCUCGCCCAGAAGCAUUACAAUGGCUUUUCAAACUCCAUUCUCUGGCCCCUGCUCCAUCGCAUGCCGGAAAAGGCCGAAUCAGAUGAAAACUGGUCGAAUGCCUACCAAGAAGUCAACGAGACCUUUGCCGACAACAUUGUCCCCUACGUGGAGGACAACGACCUGAUAUGGGUGCACGACUAUCACCUGCUUCUCCUCCCGGGCAUUCUCCGAGAGCGGCUGAAGAAGAAAAAGGGUCUCAAGAUCGGUUUCUUCCUCCACACUCCCUUCCCCACCGAGGAUUACUUUACCAUCCUGCCCUUCCGCGAGGAGAUCUGCCAGAGCCUGCUCCUGUGUGAUGUCAUCGGAUUCCACACCAACCAGUACGCCAAGGACUUCUUGGACAGCGCACGGAUUGUCCUGCCUGGUGUGUCCAGGUCGCCGAGUGAUCUGCACUGGGACGGUCGGAGGGUGCUCGUGCACGGGUUUCCGCUUGGCAUUGAAGCAGACGAGUGGAGGGAAAGGCUGGAAACGGAAGCCGCGAGACAGGAGCUCAGGGCCUUGCAGGAGGAGUUCAAGGACCAGAAGGUCCUCCUGGGCGUCGACCGGCUCGACUACAUCAAGGGCGUCCCACAGAAGCUAUUAGCAUUCGAUCGGUUUCUGACCGACAAUCCCGAGUGGGUGGGUAAAGUGGUGCUGGUACAAUUGGCGAUCCCGACCCGGGCAGAGGUGGACGCGUACCGAAAGCUGCGCGAGGAGGUCGAACGGCUCGUGGGCCGCAUCAAUGGCAGACACGCCACCUUUCGGCAUACCCCUAUCCAUUAUCUUUACAGGUCGGUCAAAGCGGAACAGCUGGCCGCUCUAUACGCCGUUGCGGACGCGUGUAUCAUCUCAUCUGUGCGAGACGGACUGAAUCUCGUGAGUUACGAGUAUGCGGCUUGCCAGGAGCAGAAAAAGGGCGUCCUCAUGAUGUCCAACUACGUUGGCGCGGCAAAGAUCUUACCGCCCUCGUCCAUGAUCAUCAUGAACCCGUGGGACAAACCGCGCUUCGCCGAGAAAAUCAAGAAGACGCUCAUGAUGAGCGAGGAAGAAAGGGCCGAGAAGAACCGGUCGGUCAUGAAGAUUGUGAACAACUGGACAAGUGCCAAAUGGGGCAAAGCCUUCCUCGAAGCCAUGAUGACGGGAGAAGUCCCCAAAAUUCUGGGCAAUCCAGACCGUGACCCGGCUGAAGAAUGGGCGUUUGAUCUGUCAGAUUCGCAAAUCGGAAACAUCAUUUCCGAGGCCGAGGCAGACUUUAACAAGUAG